UUCUUCAUCAUUUCAUGCAGUUUUUUACAGUUUAUUUGAACAAUUGGUGCCUUGUCAUGAAUCCACUUGGCCUGUCUCGGUGCACUCUCAGGAAUCUGCGUCUCUGCCAUGGAUCUCAGUUUCAGUCAUGGCUAGGGAGUUUACCCUUGGGCAGUGGAGGCAGUUACCAAAGGAGGCAUGGGAGUUAUUAUCUGAUUAAUGACAUGAUCACUAAUAUCACUGAAGAUCAGAAGAAGCUUCGAGAGACGAUCUUCAAUUUUGCCCAGAAAGAACUUGCUCCAUAUGCAGACGAGAUUGACAAGAAUAAUGGCUUCCCUGCUCUGAGAGAGUUUUGGCGGAAAUUAGGAGACAUGGGUCUCCUGGGGAUGACAGCUAGUCAUGAUUAUGGUGGUAGUGGAUUGGGGUAUUUGGACCAUUGCAUUGCAAUGGAGGAGAUCUCUAGAGCCUCUGGUGCCAUUGGACUCAGUUAUGGUGCACACUCAAAUCUUGCUGUCAAUCAACUAAAUAGACAUGGCACUCAUGAGCAGAAGAGCAAGUACCUUCCUAAGCUCUGCAGUGGUGAAUACAUUGGGGCCCUUGCCAUGUCAGAGUCAGAAUCAGGAUCUGAUGUCAUGGCAAUGAAGUGCUCAGCAAUGGAAAUGGGUGAUCACUAUGUCCUCAACGGUUCCAAGUUCUGGAUUACUAAUGGUCCUGAUGCAGACAUCUGUAUUGUGUAUGCAAAGACAGAUCCAAAAGCAGCUAAGCCUCAGCAUGGAGUCACAGCUUUCUUAGUGGAAAAAGGCACCCCUGGAUUCACAACUGGUCCAAAAUUGAACAAACUUGGCAUGAGAGGAUCUAAUACUUGUGAACUUAUCUUCACUGACUGUCAAAUCCCAAAAUCUCAGGUGCUUGGAGCAGUAAACAAGGGGUCCUAUGUUCUUUUCACGGGACUGGAUGUCGAAAGAGCUAUCCUGGCAGCAGGCCCAGUUGGGAUAAUGCAAGCAUGCUGUGAUGUGGCAUAUGAAUAUGUUCAUACUCGCAAGCAAUUCAACACAAGAAUUGGAGAAUUUCAGCUCAUGCAGGGGAAGAUUGCUGACAUGUACACAAGACUGAAUGCAGCCCGCUGUUAUACCUAUGCUGUUGCCCGAGCAUGUGACCAUGGGCACAUUUCAAACAAAGACUGUGCAGCUGCUAUUCUCUACUCAGCUGAAUCAGGCACCAAGGUUGCUCUUGACGCCAUUCAAUGCCUUGGAGGAAAUGGGUACAUCAAUGACUACCCAACAGGUCGAUUCCUCAGAGAUGCCAAACUUUAUGAAAUUGGGGCAGGGACAAGUGAGGUCCGUCGAAUGGUCAUUGGCCGUGCUCUCAAUGCUGAAUAUUCACGUAAGUGAGAAGCACAUGAGAAAGAAUGAAGUUGGAUCUACAGGGAUGAAUAAUGCCCAUUCUGUGAGGUUUGUCUAGCCCUAGGCAUUUCCCUCUGCCAGCCUGUAUCUUUUGUCUGUCUUCCUCAAGCAAAGAUAGACAUAUAUAUGAUGUGUGGAAGAGAGAGCCUACUUGACAUCAGGAGUCUCAUGAGAAUAAAUAAAUGAGAUUUGAGAGAGUGA